AUGUUACUGUCUGUUUUCGGCAACGAAGCGCCACAUCAGUCGACAAUUUCCCGUUGGUAUGGAGAAUUCAAACGUGGACGGGUCAGUCUUAGCGACCAUCCCAGGGUGGGUGCACCAAAAACGGCAGUAACCCAGGAAAACGUCGAUGCUGUGCGCAAACUCAUCAUUGAAGAUAGACAUGUGACAUAUCGCGAGAUUGAGGCAUCCUUGAGGAUCUCAAAGACCUCAAUUCAAAAAAUUUUACAUGAAGAAUUAGGAGUAAGAAAAUUAGUUUCUCGUUGGAUACCCCACCUGUUGACUGAAGAGCAGAAAGCAGCCAGGGUUAAUUGGUGUCAAAAAUCGCUUGAUCGUUUCAAUUCCGGAAACUCAAAAAAUAUGUACAGCAUUGUUAGUGGUGAUGAAUCGUGGAUUCACUAUUACGAACCAGAAAAUAAACGACAUUCGGCUGUUUGGGUGUUCCAAGGUGAACAAAAGCCAACAAAAAUGGUCGCGACAUUUGUGUCAAAAGCGGUUCAUAUUGCAACAAUUCCUCUUAAUGAGCAAAGAACUCUUCGAAAAAUCAACCCCGAAGGAAGAAUCAUCCUCCACCAAGACAAUGCAAGCUCGCACACAGCCCAAAAGACAAGGCAGUAUUUAAUGGAAGAAAACGUGGAAUUAUUGGACCAUCCUCCAUAUAGUCCCGAUCUAAGUCCUAGCGAUUUCUUUACUUUCCCGAAAAUUAAAAAAAGACUGCGUGGUCAAAGGUUCCAGUCACCAGAAGAAGCAGUUGACGAAUUCAAAAAUGCCGUUUUGGAUCUGCCAGCAAACGAGUGGAAUAGGUGCUUCGAAAAUUGGUUCGAGCGCAUGCAGAUGUGUAUUAAUCUUCGUGGAAAAUACUUCGAAAAACAAUAA